AUGAAUCGUAAUGUCCAUGAUUCUGUACUUUGCUUCAACAGUACUCGUGACAGUUCAGUGGAUUCUUCUAAGUCUGGUCGUCAUGAUUGUUUUGAAUUUGACAGUAAUUUAAAGACGAUGGUUACAGAAAAAGAGCGUCGUCAUGCUGCUGAAUCAUGCUGUGAAAUACUGUUACAAGAAUUAGAUUCACGAGAAAUAUACCUACAAGAGUUGAAAAAUACACUAUUCAAACGUGUUGAAGAAGCUGAAUAUCAAAUGAAUAAACUUAUAGAUUUAAGAAAUGAAGAGACUGAAGAAGCACAGAAAGCCAGUAAAAUGUUACGUUCUAGUAUAUCAAGAUUAAAAGAACGUUUUGUGGCUGAAAAAUCAGAACUGGAAAAUAAGAUAUGCGCUAUUCAAGACACCUAUGAAGGUCGAAUCACAGAAUUAAAUAACAUGCUAAAACAAUCUGAAAAAAGUCGUGAAAAUCUUAUCACCAAAUUCAAAACAUCAGAAUUUACAAUCCAAGAUUUGAAUAAACAAAUUGCUGAUAGUAGAAAAGAGUUAAGUGAUUCAAUGCAUCGUAUAGCUCACCUGCAACAAAUUAAUUGUGAUCUGUCGAAUGAACUGGUUAAAUUCAAGUUGACCGCUCAAAAAGCAUCAACACGUGCAGAAAAUUUAGCUAAACAAUAUAAUGAGUUAAGAUGUAAAACUGAACAAGCUAAUGUGAAUUCUCUUCAAACAGAGAAAGCUGUACGAAUGGCAUCUGAAAGACGUGCCUCAGCUGAAAAUGCGUUAGCCGCUGCACAUCAACGUGCUGACAACUUGUCUAUGCGUAAUACACAAUUAGAAAAGGAAUUAACUAUGGUAAAAGUUCGUGCUGAAGAACAAACAAAAGCCAAUGAAAUUACAGUAGGUAAACUUAAACGACGCUUAAUGGCUAUUCAUAGUGAAGCUUCAAAAUGGAAAAAAUCUCAUCAAGAGCAAAAGAAUAUUCGUGAUUCAGAUUUAGAGAAAACCAACGAAAUUAUACAAAGUAUGAUAGAUGAACGUAAAUACCUAGAAAGUGAAUUAACAGCUGCGAAGAAUGAAAUUAAAGAACAACUUCUGUCAAUUGAACAGCUUAAAAGACAAGCUGCUUUAGACGCAUCUGAUGCAUCAACACGUCUAUUAGCAGCUUUAUCCACUGGUGAAGAAGGUGUAGCUACAGCUUUAGAAUUGAAACAAUGCAUUGAAACACAAUUGCAACCAGAACUGGAAUCUGUUAGGUUACAGUGUAAAAAUUUAGAGUCAGAACUUAUGAAAUCAAAUAUCAAAUGUGAACAAUUACAAGAAAAUUUAAUUAAAGCUAAUGAAACAAUAGAAGAGACAAAAACAUCACAAAUUAAACAAAGUGAUAAUUUUCAAAGUGAAUUAAAUCUACUAAGAGAACAAAUUUCUGAAGCCAAAGAACAACUGAUUAUUAAAUCAAAGUUACUAGAAAAAGCAGAAAAUCAGGUUGAACUUUAUAAAUCCGAGUUAAAUGAUCUACGCAUAUCCAAGGAUAAUAAACGCGCGUCCACUGAAGAUGAAUUAAUUAAUUUAACAAAACAAUUAAAUGAAUUAAAAACAUGUCAUGAUAUUGUACAAAAACAAACACAUACUAAUCAACGUAUAAUUAGUAAAUUAAAAUUAGCCCGAGACAAUGCACUGAAUGGAAUGGGUAAAUUACAAGUGGAAUUAAAAGAUACACGUGAAAAUUAUGAAAGACAAUUAAAACAACAAUUAGAAGAAAUUGUACAUAUUCGUCAAAAAUGUAAACAAACUGAAGCAAAACUGCAAGAAACCAAUGUCAAAUAUGAAAAUCUUUUAGCCGAAUCAAAUAAUCAAUUGUGCUUUAACCAAAAUAUUGUCAAACAAUUAGAAGCUACUAUGAAUGAUCAAAAUGCACAAAUGUUGAAAUUCAAAGAGAUGGAAUUGAAAAUAACCGAGUUAAAAAAUUCACUCAAUGAAUCAGAGAUACGUUUAAAAGCUGCUAAUAAUUUAAAAGAAUUAAAUGAUCAAAGCUACAGUGAAUUAGAAACUCGUUUUAAUCAACUACAAGUACGAUUAAAUGAACGUGAGCUAUUGGUGAAGCAUUUAGAAGAUGAAAUUCAAAUGAAAACUCGUUUAUUGGAAGAAAAAUCUAAAGAAUAUGAAUUAAUAAAGGCAUCAGUUGAUCGUCAGCUUUCAAGUGCAAUUAAAACUGCUGAACUUUCUACUGAUCAACAGAAAGAAAUUGAAGCACAAAAGCUUAAAAUAGAAGAACAAAAGAAUCAACUUCAACAAGAACUACUGGAGGUACAGAAAAUGAACAGGCAAUUACAAUCAGAUAUACGAAAUUUAGAAAGUCAAUUAAUAGAACAAAACUGUAGUAAAACAAAACACAUAUCUGAAUAUAAUGAACUGAAAUAUGAAAUGAAAUUAAUGACUGAACAAUUUACCGCGCAAACAAAACAAUUGCAUGAAGUUAAACAAACCAUUGAAUCAUUGAAUAAAGAAAAACAAACACUUCUUCAACAAAUAGAUGAGGAAAAACAAAAAUAUACACAACUAGAGGGUGAAUUUCACAAGGAAUCGAAUUUACACAAACAGUCAAAACAAGCACUCACUAAUCAAGUAACAGAAUUAAACGCAAAAUUGUACAGUAUAGAAAAAUCAUUAAUUGAAGCAGAGAAUCGAUAUAUUCAAGCUGAACAAAAAGCUGAGUUAGCCUGUCAAGAAGCUAAACGACUAGCUGUUGAAAUGGCAACAGCUAAAACACUCUCCCAGUUGAAAAAUUCUUCAGUCUACAUCAAUGAACCUAUCAAUGAUGACACAGCUGUAAAUCCUUGUAUCCCACAAAAUAGAAAUGUUUAUUUGUCUGGUGAACAAACAGAAGAAGAUAAGUCAUUUAUGCCAAGAAAUGGAAGUUUCAAUCCUUCGUUUAGAUUAUUUCCAGAGAACAAGAAAUUGUCAGCUUCACUUAUUAAUGGUCAUAAAGUAGUCAAUUCUAAACGUCAUUCUGUCAGUUUUGCACCUUCUCCAAUCAUUGAAAAUCUUGAAAAUAUCAGACGACCUUCUGAUAUUUCAACAGAUCCUGCCGGUGACUUAGAAAGUCUGAUUCGUCAAGUGACAGAUACACUAGAUCAGCAGGAGAAGAGUUGA